UUCAGAUUAUUUGAGGUCCACAUUUUUAGGGGAAUGUUUAUAUGGACAAAUACGAGAUUGAGGAAUGAAUGAAAUCACAAAACUUGGACAGAAAAAUCUCAGAAUGGUGCUUCUUGAAGAUUGUGGAUUUGCUGGUUUUAGAUGUCAUUUUGUCCACUUGAGCCUCUUUAUUGUGGCUGUGGUCUCAUUUCUCAGUGCCCCUGUCAUCACUACUUCUCUCGGAGAAGCUAAAAAGGAGUUGAGGCUAGCAGCUGGUGAAAACAGGUGUAGUGGAAGAGUGGAAGUAAAAAUCCAGGAGGAGUGGGGAACAGUGUGCAAUCAUGGUUGGAGUAUGAAAGAGGUCUCCGUGAUUUGUAGUCAGCUAGGAUGUCCAACUGCUAUCAAAACCACUGGAUGGGCUAAUUCCAGUGCAGGUUCUGGACUCAUAUGGAUGAAUAAUGUUUCUUGUCAAGGGAAUGAAUCAGCAAUUUGGGACUGCAAACAUGAUGGAUGGAAAAAUCAUAGCUGUACUCACCAGCAAGAUGCUGGAGUGACCUGCUCAGAUGGAUCCAAUUUGGAGAUGAGACUGGUGAAUGGGGGAAACCGUUGUUCAGGAAGAAUAGAAGUCAAAUUCCAAGGACAGUGGGGCACAGUAUGUGAUGAUAAUUUCAAUAUGAAUCAAGCUUCUGUGGUUUGCCAACAACUUGAAUGUGGAAGUGCUAUCAGUUUCUCUGGUUCAGCUAAUUUUGGAGAAGGUUCUGGACCUAUCUGGUUUGAUGAUCUUAUGUGCAAUGGAAAUGAGUCAGCUCUCUGGGACUGCAAUCACCAAGGAUGGGGAAAGCAUAACUGUGGUCAUAGUGAGGAUGCUGGAGUGAUUUGCUUAGAGGGUGCAAAUCUGACCCUGAGAGUAGUAGAUGGACUCAGUGAAUGUUCAGGAAGAUUGGAAGUGAAAUUCCAAGAAGAAUGGGGGACUGUGUGUGAUGAUGGCUGGGACAGUAAUGAUGCUGCUGUGGCAUGUAAGCAACUGGGAUGCCCAACUACUGUCACCACCAUUGGUCGAGUUAAUGCCAGUGAGGGAUCUGGACACAUCUGGCUUGACAGUGUUUCCUGCCAAGGGCACGAAUCUGCAAUCUGGCAGUGCAAUCACCAUGAGUGGGGAAAGCAUUACUGCAAUCAUCAUGAAGAUGCUGGCGUGACAUGUUCCGAUGGAACUGAUCUGGAGCUGAGACUUGUAGGUGGAGACAGCCGCUGUGCUGGGGCAGUGGAAGUGGAAAUUCAGAAACUGGUAGGGAUGGUGUGUAACAGAGGCUGGACACUAAAAGAAGCUGAUGUGGUUUGCAGACAGCUGGGAUGUGGAUCUGCCCUUCAAGUAUCUGCUAAAAUGUAUUCCAAAGUUAAGGAAACAAACACAUGGCUGUUUAUAAACAGCUGUAGUGGAAAUGAAACUUCUAUCUGGGACUGCAAGAAUUGGCAAUGGGGUGGACUUUCUUGUGAUCACUAUACAGAAGCUCAAGUUACCUGCUCAGCCCACAGAGAACCCAGACUGGUUGGAGGGGACAUUCCCUGCUCUGGUCGUGUUGAAGUAAAACAUGGCGACACUUGGGGCACGGUCUGUGAUUCUGACUUCUCUCUGGAAGCUGCCAAUGUGCUGUGCAGAGACUUACAAUGUGGCACAGUCAUCUCUAUCCUAGGAGGGGCACACUUUGGAGAAGGAACUGGGCAGAACUGGGCUGAAGAAUUCCAAUGUGAAGGGCAUGAGUCCCAUCUUUCACUCUGCCCAACAGCAAUCCGCCCAGAUGGGACUUGCAGCCACAACAGAGAUGUUGGUGUAGUCUGCUCAAGAUACACAGAAAUCCGCCUGAUGAAUGGCAAGUCUUUGUGUGAAGGAAGAGUGGAACUCAAAGUGCUUGGAGUCUGGGGAUCCCUCUGCAGCUCUCACUGGGACAUAGAAGAUGCCCAUGUUUUAUGCCAACAGCUUAAAUGUGGAGUUGCUCUUUCUACCCCAGGAGGAGCACGUUUCGGGAAAGGAAAUGGUCAGGUCUGGAGGCACAUGUUCCAUUGCACUGGGACUGAGCAGCACAUGGGAGAUUGCCUCGUAACUGCUCUAGGUUCACCACUAUGUUCUGCAGGGCAAGUAGCUUCUGUAAUCUGCUCAGGAAACAUGUCCCAGACCUUGUCCCCCUGUAAUUCAUCAUCUUCAGACCCAACAAUCUCUGCCAUUUCCGAAGAAAGGGCUGUUCCCUGCAUAGCAAGUGGUCAGCUUCGACUGGAGAAUGGAGGAGGUCGCUGCUCUGGGAGAGUGGAGGUCUAUCAUGAGGGUUCGUGGGGCACCGUCUGUGAUGACAGCUGGGAUCUGAAGGAUGCCCACGUGGUAUGCAGACAGCUGGGCUGUGGAGUGGCCAUUAAUGCCACUAGUUCUGCUCAUUUUGGGGAAGGAACAGGGCCUAUUUGGCUGGACGAGCUGAACUGCAAUGGAAAAGAAUCUUAUAUUUGGCAGUGCCAUUCACAUGGCUGGGGAAGGCACAAUUGCAGGCAUAAGGAGGAUGCAGGAGUCAUCUGUUCAGAGUUCAUGUCUUUGAGACUGUCCAGUGAAAGUGACAGAGAGACCUGUACAGGGCGCUUGGAAGUUUUUUACAAUGGAGCUUGGGGCAGUGUUGGCAGAAGUAACAUGUCUACAACCACCAUGGAGGUGGUAUGCAGGCAGCUUGGCUGUGCUGACAAGGGAAACAUUAAACCUGCAUCUUCGGACAAAACACAGUUCAUGUGGGUAGACAAUGUUCAGUGCCCUAAAGGACCUGACACAUUGUGGCAGUGCCCAUCAUCUCCAUGGAAACAAAAGCUGGCCAGCCCAUCUGAGGAGACCUGGAUUAUGUGUGACAACAAGAUACGACUUCAGGAAGGACACACGGAUUGUUCUGGACGUGUGGAGGUCUGGCAUGAAGGGUCCUGGGGGACAGUGUGUGAUGACUCCUGGGAUCUUAACGAUGCUCAGGUGGUGUGUCGACAGCUGGGCUGUGGCAAAGCUAUGACGGCACUAAAAGAAGCAGCAUUUGGUCAGGGGACUGGACCCAUAUGGCUCAAUGAAGUAAACUGCACAGGGGACGAGUCUUCCUUGUGGGAAUGUCCUGCAAGACCAUGGAGCCAGAGCAACUGUGGGCACAAGGAAGAUGCUGCUGUAGAGUGCCUCCCAAGAACGUCUUCAGAAUCAUCACAUCCCACAGGUCACUUGACCCUCACUGCAUUCAUGAUCAUGGGGGUUAUUCUUCUGGUCGUUCUCAUCACGUUCCUCUUGUGUGCUCUGAAGAGAAGACAGAUACAGCGGUUUACAGUUUCCUCAAGAGGAGAGAAUUUUGUCCCUCAAAUUCAAUACCGAGAGAUGAAUUCCAGCCUGAAGGAAGAUGACCUGGACCCACUGCAUUCCUCAGAAAAUUCCAGUGACUCACAUGGUAAUGGUGCUGGACUAAUGUCUGUGUCUAAAUAUCUUCCUAUUUCUGGAAUAAGAAAGGGGGGCAUUCUGAGGUGCACUGAAAAGGAAAAUGAGAAUUUAUAAUCCAGUGAGUUCGGCAUUUGGGAUACUUUAAUGAAAACCUGGGCUAUUGAAUGGAGGAAGAAUCCAUCUAGUUCACUGAUGAUUGCAGUUGCAUUUCUACAGAGUACUUUGUUUCCUUGGACUCCAAAGACUGCUGCUGAACUUACAGAAAUUAAGUUUGUGAAUGUGACUACUUAAUGAUUUAUGUAAGAUUUUCAAGGGAUCAAGUAAAAAUUAUCAUUUAUUUCAGUUUGUCUUCACUUU